ACAGAAAUUUGCAAAGUUUGACAAAUGGUGGCCUGCAGUUGCCACCAGCUAAUGGCUUGCGAUGAUUAAUAAGAGUAAAAAUAAUUGCAUUUCAUUAAGAUUGAUGACACCCCAUUUAACCUCCCUUCUCGUUUCAGCCCUAAAGUGGAAAGAGAUGAAGUUCUCAUCUAUAAUAGCUCCUGUAACAUUACCAUGGAAACUGAGGCAGAGAUGGAGUGUGAGGAACCUAAUCAGCCAAUUACCGCCAAGAUUACUGAGAUAUGGAAAGAGCGGGGCCAGAACACUCAGGAGGCAAGCUUGUGUUUGUUGGCCCUGGGCCAACAGAGCUCCAUGCUCAUUACAUUCUGGUGUCAGAUGGAGGAGAACUUCGGGUUGGCUCUCCUGGUCAGCCUUUCUGUAGCAAAGCCCACCUCCACCUCUGGGGCAGUUUGCACUCUCCAGCAUCCUUUCCAUAUGGGGCCAAAUUUCUGGCUGUGAGGAACGGAACCCUUUCCAUGCACGGUUGUGUCCCUCAAGUGACAGUCACACACUUGAAAUCAGCCGCACGUCCCAAUGAUACAAAAUUAGUUCUGGUGGAUCACGUGAACUGGAAACCUGGAGAUGAAGUUGUUAUAUGUGGAGGAGGACCUAGAAAUGCCCAGAAGCAAGAGGAAGUAGUGACUGUCAAGACUGUGAAUGGCACAGAACUCUUACGUUCAUCUCCACUCAGCCGGGAGCUGAAGAGCUCCGGUACCCUCGGGGUUUUGGGGUUACCGUACCCGCGCUAUGGGCCCCCUAGAGCCACGGGAAGAGCGUCCCGUGGACGGGCUUUUCUUGCGGGCUCCAGACGUGCCAUCCCCGCUCCUGAUUGA